ACCUACAUAUUCCAAGUAAGAUCAUGUGACUACAAUAUACAAAAUGGUAGCCACCACAACAAUGGAGUUUUUUCUUUCACUAGUAGGGAUUCUUGUCUCUUUUUCACCUAAAUCUACUUAUGCUGAUCCAUUUCCCGUAGUUCUUUGGCAUGGCAUGGGUGACAGUUGCUGUAAUCCCUUAAGCAUGGGCUCUAUCAAGAAACUCAUUGAAAACCAAGUGGGGGGUGGUGUGUAUGUGAAGUCACUGGAAAUAGGAAAUAAUAUUGUGGAGGACACAGAGAAUGGGUUCUUAAUGAAUGUCAAUAGGCAGAUAGAAAUUGUUUGUGACCAACUACAAAAAGAUCCCAAGCUACAGCAAGGAUACAAUGCUCUUGGCUUUUCCCAGGGAGGACAGUUUUUACGUGCUAUUGCUCAAAGAUGUCCCUUGCCACCAAUGCUCAAUUUAGUUUCUUUUGGUGGGCAACAUCAAGGUGUCUAUGGUUUCCCGAGGUGUCCAGGAGAAAACCAGACUAUUUGUGACUAUGUUCGCAAACUUCUCAAUGUUGGUGCUUAUGUUUCAUGGAUACAGAAUUUCCUUGUCCAAGCAGAAUAUUGGCAUGAUCCAUUGAAUGAAGAAGAAUACAAAAAUAAAAGUGUGUUUCUUGCCGACAUCAACCAGGAGAGGAAAUUUAAUUCUACAUACAAAGAUAAUCUUUUAAAACUGAAGAAUUUGGUUUUAGUGAUGUUCAGUGAAGACACAAUGGUUGAUCCUAAAGAAAGUGAGUGGUUUGGUUUUUAUAUUGAGGGUCAGAGCAAAGCAGUUUACAAUAUGACACAAAGUAAACUUUAUCAGCAAGAUUUACUAGGUCUUAAGGAACUGAAUGAAAGUGGCCGUCUAACUUUAUUGUCAAGUCCAACUGAUCAUCUUCAAUUCACUGAUGCUUGGUUUGAGCAAAAUAUUUUAAGAUUUUUGAAGUAGAGCAUCAUUCCAUGCUUCAAAGUUUUACAUUUUAAGUUUCUUCAUAAAAAAGUUUAUACAAAGUUUAUAAAGCCUUUAAUUUCUUUUUAAUGUAAAUUUUUUUGUAUCACAACCUUGUCCUUCUGGAUUUUUGUACUAAUCUUCAUACAUAUUCUGAAAGUUAAUUGAUUCAGCCAUAGAAAUGAAAAGACAGCAGCAAAAAAAAAAAAUUUAUAUUUCGAAUGUGAACUGAAACUAUAUCAGUUCAUGGAAUGUUAAAUACGUGCAAAUUUAUGUCGUAGAAAAAGAAAGCUAAGUGAUAGCGGAUAUUAUCAACUGCAUAUUAAUUAUACUGUGUAGUUUUUAUGACAUGAAAAAUUGAUGAGUAUUAUUUCUUUAUUUUUACUUUCAAUGGAAACUUUCUAUAUAUUUUUAUAGAAUUUGUGCAUUAUCACUGCCUGGUAUGGCAAUCUGAGCAUUAAAAAUAAAAUAAAACUUCAUAGAAUCCUAAAUGCUGCUGGUAAAGUCAUUGGCAAAAAACAAACCCCAUUUGGGCAUCUGUUUGAGACAAAGAUUCAUAAAAGAGCUAAAAAGAUUCUAGUAAUAAUAAUCACCCUUUGGGUCAGUAUUUUUUUAUUUUACCGUCACAAAAGAGAUACAAGAAACCGAUAUCACAAAGACAAACAGACACACUCUUUUGUUCCCCUGGCAAUCAAAGUAUUAAAUAAAAACAAUCUGAUAUAAAUUUUUCACAUGUAAAUUAUGAGUGAGUCUGGUGUGAAUGUACAUUUUGUUUUUUUAUAGUUAUAAUGUUUUGUCUGGUGUAAUGCACAAAUUGUAAGACAAAUUUACUUACAGACAAUAAAGAUUAUUAUUAUUGUGAAAAUUUUUUUUUUUUUUUCUAAUUUAAAAGGAUUUUAUUAUUUAUAAUCUCUUGUAUAUUUUCCUGUGCAUCAAAAAGGGUACAGUUUUGUAAACUAUUGGCUACAUCUGUUACUAGUACCUCUACUAUUGCUACUAGUUUCAACUAUGUCCCAAGAAACUCACAAAGUAUUCUCAUUCAUUGUCAUCUGGAUAGUAUUUGUUAGCCAAAGAUUUAUAGUUGCUGGCAGCAAUCAUUUUAAAAACAUUUUUGACAAAGGUAAAGUAUCAACAAACUUGUGUAAUUAACUAAACCUACUUGUUAAAUAUAAGUAGUUGUUUUUUUUAUGUAAUAUUAGUUUUGUUUAAAUGAAAAUAGAUAAUUUUUAGCUAUCAAAUUUUAUAUUUCAUAAAAGAUGUUUUCCCUUUAAUUUGUUUGUCUCUCACAGAUGUUAUAUUGCCUCUCAGCUGUUAAACAUUUGCUUUAGCUGUCUGUCCUUCUGUCACAUUCAGAAUUCAAAAAUGAAAAGCAUUAUUCCAAUUUAAUUUUACAAUUGACUUAAAACGACUUGAAAUGUAUGCAAUAGCUUCUUAAGUUCUUUCAAAAACAUCCCCUUGAAGUCUGUUUGUGAUACAAUGGUCUUCUGUGUUGGUUACUUUAUAGCCACUGUUGUGAAUGCAAUGUAGGGUGAGUUUGUGACUUAUUUGUAAGCACUCUUUGUGCUAGCUGGCUGUGUGAAACAUAACUCUUCAUCAAUUUUGUAUUCUUUGCUUUAUGUUUUCACUUUUAAAAUGUUUCUAUAAUGUUGACUUUAAAUUAAAUGUGAUAUCUUUUAUUAGA